UCCGGCACGGCCGAAGGAACGAGUGAAUGAGACGAACCAAAAUCCUUCCUGCCUUCUUUCUCUCUGGCUAGUCAUUUGGCGCUUUUCCAGUUUCGGUUUAUUUUGUCAUCAUUGCUUCCUGGAACUGAAAAGGUUUUGGGGCGACCAAGGCUCCGCAAGCGCCUCAUCCUCAUGUUCUCUUCGCAAAUCCUUACUGGUCUUAACACCCUACAUUCCCGUUCAAAUGUCUCUCUCUCUGCCCAGCGUUCCAACAACGCUUUUCUAAGAAUUCGGUCUUGUUCUCUCAGAUUACAGGAAAUCCCAACCGAGCUUCCUAUCCACUCUCUAGGCCCGCAGUUGAAAAUCGAUGCAUCUCCUUCGAGCCAGCACCGACGGGAUAAACCGAAUACGAAGGAAGUCGAAGAACGUGGCUCUCCGACUCCGAGUGCGAAAGCAGGCGGAGAAGGUGAAGGAAUUCCCGAAGUUUGUGUGCCCAGGCAGAAGUACAUAUCCGUUUCCAAGUCAGAACUUCUCCAUGCUAUAUUAUCAAUGUUCGGUUCACAGGUAGACGUUGAUGAGUUCCUCCGAUUGUCCUCGUACUUGGACUCUAUACUUCAUGCUGAGCAUAAAGGCAUUUUAGAAGCGAUGCGAAUCGAUUAUUCCCUUAUGCAAAGCAAGGGAAUCAGUCGUCAGUGUUUAGCUAAUUCUGAUGAUGAUGAAGAAGAAAUAAUGACCAACGGAAACUACCCCGACUCUGCCUGGGAUAACAACACUUUUGAAGGUGGUGGAAGAAUGGAAAGCCGGGAGGAUGCCUCGGUGGAACCCGAGAAACCAACGCCUUUCAAUUAUAGCCUGGACUUGGGAUCUCCAUUAACUUCAUCUCUUAGAAAUGUUAAGAACAAUUCUGCCACGAAAUCCAGAGUUUCUGUUGCCACUCGUUUCCAGCAUGCUUUCAUGAAACUAUUAUGCGAUGCUCAGUUUGAAGAACUAUCAGUUAGGGAUUUGCUGUUAACAUCUGCAUUGAAUACUGAUUAUCUCCUUACAUUGCCAAUAAAUGUUGACUGGAAGAAAGCAUCUGCAUCCAAUGCAAUAAUAUUCAGGCGUGGAUAUGCUACUGAGAGGCAGCAGGGUUUACUAGUUGUUGAAAAAUUGGAUUACCUACAGUCGAAACUACUACAAAAAAUCUUCUUCAUCCUGUCUAAACCAUUGGGAAAAGUUGGAUUGUGGAUAAAUGAGGCAUUGAAAAAUGCAAGCCAGACAGGGCAAGUUCAAAUUUGGGCUGAGAAAGUCAAGCAUUGGUUUAAGGAAUCAAUUUUUUAUCCAGAGUCUUAUUCGUAUGAUGAAAGUGUUCUUGAUAACCAACUGGGAGUUGGUAAACUAUCUGAGAGUGAUCUUCCUAUUUGGCUUGCAGCACAAAGGGCAGUGUCUCGUUAUGAAGGUCUUUUAUCAUCAAUUGGGCCUCGCAGGAGGCUCUUAAGAAAGUUUCUUAUGUGGAUUGGGCUUAUACCUUCCAAGCCAGAAACAUCAGUGAAGAUCGAUGGUGACCAUACAACUUCUGAAACUUACCAAAGGCCAAUCUUCUUAUCUAGGAGAUCACUUAGUGACAUAUGGAGACCUGCAACAAGCGAGUCUUGUGGGAGUAAUCCUUGGAAAAUAUUGAAAUCUGCUGUCUCAAUUCUUUUCUCACAAUCAGUUCUCCAGGAGCCAGCUUUUCAAGAACUAAUCUUGCUUUAUAAUGAGGAAAUUGAUCAAAGCAGAACCGAAGCUAAAGUUGAGUUUCCUUCCUUGCAGUUGAAGAUCUAUGAGAGAAUCCCUAUUCCAGAUCUGCCAGUUGUUUUUCCACACAAAAAGCUAUCUUUUCGUAUUCUGGACACGGUACGCUUGGAUAUUGCAACCAUACUGGGACUGUUGGCAUACUUUGUAAACUACAAAUUUGAGGACAUUCUAUCAUCCCCGUAA